UAAAGGCUGGUAGCUGAAGCCGCGAUACGUCCAAUGUUUAUCGCUGUUUUCAUGAGACAUUGAACACGAUCGAAUGCAUUAAAUGACAUCGAGAACAUUAAUGGACAAGCAAAGACGCAUAUCGUUAAAAAAAAGCUGAAGUGAAAACGUGGUUAACUGCGUGACUUCAUAGCUUCUCCGUUGGUACUCAUUUAGCAGCGCUAGCUAAACCGAAGCGCGCUGCCUUGUCGUUUACAUCCAGCUCAGGCUCCAGAGCGGAAUCAAGAUGAGUUCUUCACGGGAGAUAAAACAGCUGCAGAAAGCAAAGAGCAAAGCCCAGAACAGUAGCAACUUACGAGAGGAGGCAAGCAUCUGCAACCAGCUAGGAGAGCUGCUGUCCAGAAAUGGUAACUAUGAGGCUGCUAUUAGGGAGCACCAGCAGGAGUUGGCGCUCUCUGAGGUGCUGAAUGACGUGAUUGGACGAGCUGUGGCCAAUCGUAAGAUAGGAGAGUGCUUUGCAGAGAUGGGAAACAUUGUGGCGGCUUUGAAACACCAGCAGUAUCACCUGGACUUGGCUCGCUCUGUUCGAGAUCACGCGGAGGAACAAAGGGCGCUGGCUACUAUUGGUCGAACCUACCUCUUCCGUUAUGAAUCGGACCAGUCAAGGAAGAGUUUAGAGCAAGCAGAGGAUGCCUUCAGGAAGAGCCUGGCCAUUGUGGAUGAUCGUCUAGAAGGGACAGUGCCAGGGCGAGAGAUUAGUGAGAUGAAGGCUCGCCUGUUCCUCAAUCUUGGUCUAGUCUGCGAUCAUCUGGGGGAGCCCAAACGCUGCAGCGAGUUCAUUCGCCGAAGUGUCUUCAUCGCUGAGAAGAGCCAGCUGCUGGAGGAUCUCUACCGUGCAAACUUUAACCUGGGCAACAUCUACUUUCGUAACGGCCACCAGUCUAAUGCUGUGCGCUGCCUGGAACAAGCUAAAGAGUGUGCUAGGAAGAUUAAAGACAAGUUCAGUGAGAGCGAGUGCUUUCACUGCAUCGGCAAGGUGCAGCUGUCUCUUGGUGAUUUUGUAGCAGCUAGACGAUCUCUGAAGAAAGCUCUCGUGCUGGGUUCCCAGCAGCCCCUGGACAGGCAGGCAGUGAAGAAAGUUUUCAAAUAUGCUGACCGGGGCUGUAAAUUAGAGGAAGAGCUGGGGGAGGAUCAAGGCAAAAGACUUGGUUCCCAUCAGGCCGUGGAGCUCGCAGAGCAGCUGGGAGACCUCUACUGUAAAAUCGGCUGCUACAGCAAAGCUCUGGAUGCCUAUCAAGCUCAACUUAAGGGCGCUGAGGCACUGGGGAAGGCUGCCCGGGAGCUGGCUGUCAUUCAUGUGUCCCUGGCUGCGACGUACACAGAUCUAAGGCAGCACAGCAAGGCAGUGGAGCACUACAGACAGGAGCUGGCUUUACGACAGGGCAGCUCCUCAGAGGAAUGCAGCACUUGGCUGAACAUCGCAACAGCUCAGGAGGAGAGCAGCUGUGUCUCCCAGGAUAUAGAUAGCAGCUACAGUACGGCUUUACGCUGCGCCCAGACGUCUGGGCAGGCCAGACUACAGAAACGUGUGUUGAGGCUCUGGUUGGCUUCCCGGAGACGGAGCGGCUCACCAGAUGCUGAGGACACUGAGGCGAUGCUGCGGGAGCUGUGUGCUGCAGAGGGCUGGAGUCCAGAUGGGAGUGAUGGCGAGGAGGAUGAAGAGGAGGAGAUGGACAACAGCGAACCUCUGGAUGACAGUGAUGUCGUCCUCUCAGAUUCAGAUGAUGAUUUGGAGGGUUAUGACAAGAUGGUGUCAGGAAGGAGGAAGGCGGGAAGGUGGAACAAGAGGAAUGAGAAGGGUGAGACGUCUCUGCACAGAGCAUGUAUAGAUGGAAACCUGAAGCAGGUCCAGUAUCUGGUAGAACAGGGUCACCCUGUGAACCCCAGAGACUACUGUGGUUGGACUCCCCUGCAUGAGGCCUGCAACCACGGUCACUAUGACGUUGUCGCUGUGCUGCUGGAGCGCGGCGCUAACAUCAAUGACCCCGGCGGCCCCUUAUGUGAAAAAGUGACUCCUCUUCAUGAUGCCCUCGCUUGUGGCAAUUUAAAGGUUGCAAGGCUCCUGGUGGAAAGAGGGGCUUCUGUCACGCUACGCAACUCCAAGGGUGACACGGCCGCGGACACCCUACGUCAGUGGCAGAGGACGUACAGCAGAGAGCUGGACCGGGACACCAAACAGGAGUGUAUCAUUACAGAGAGACUGCUGAGGAAAGCACUCGCAGGGGGAGUGCCCGCUGCUCCGGCCCCAGCCAAGCCUUUCGAUGCCCUGCAGGACAGCCAGCUGUUUGAUGCCGAGAACUCGGAGCCGCUGUCGCCCUCUGGAGGGGGCGGUUCCGCCAGCCAAGACUGGCCUCGAAACAACAGGAACUCUGAGGUGAAGGCAGCACCUGCCAGCCCCAAACGGUGGCAGAGCAAUGGUUCGACACAGCGGCACAGAGCCAGAGGAACAGAGGCUGCUGUCCUGUAUGGGAAGAACAGCAGCUGCUCGGACGACAGCGACUCUGACUGCCCCAUCAGUCCUCUCCGUCCCGUCCGCCCGAGACACAGUUUCCCAGCAGCCCCGAGUCAAAAGGAAGUUCCACCAAACAAAGAAACCAGCUCGAUCCCUACCUCGGGUCGAGAAAGUAUCAGGGAGACCCCCGCGCCGUUUGUCUUUGCACGAGAGGAGUACCACAGUGCCAUUCGAGGGUUGGGCAGCGCCAAAUCUCUUCUCCAGGGUCCGUCGCAACCCCAGUUCUCCAGCACACCCGCUGUAUCAUCCAGCAAUAAAUCAGCUCUGGUUCCUGAGGAGGAGUAUCUGGCUGAUGACUGGCUGGAGGAUGAUUUGGGGGAAAUCCAGCCGAAGAAGAAGAGGAGGCUUCGAGUAGAGCAGGACGGGAUGACGGGAGAGGAUUCGGCCUCGUUUUCAGCCGCCAGGAGUCAAAACAGGCACUUAAACACUGACACGAGCUGCAGAGGUUCUGCAGUUCCCUCCUCCUCCAGCAGGACGCUCUCUCUGAAAAAUGGCUCUCUGAGGCCUCACCAGGUCAAAAUGACUCAGAUGCCCGGCAUGGUGAGGUUGGGCAGGCGAGAGGUGAACAGGCCGCACAGCCCCACCGUUACAGAUGAUGACGACACGACACCUGAGACGCCUCCACGACCUCCACAAAUACGCAUGCAGCCUCCAGCUCACACAUUGGCUGCUCCCAUGCCCACAUCACUGCCACCACCAAUCAGAAUGAGGGUCAGAGUUCAGGAAGAUGUUUUCCUCAUCCCAGUUCCACAAAGUGAGGCAGACUCCUGCACUGUAUCGUGGCUGUGUGAGCAGGCCGCUCAGCGUUACUACCAGAAAUGUGGCCUCCUGCCUCGUCUCUCGCUGCAGAAAGAAGGUGCUCUCCUCUCCCCACAGGACCUGCUGCUGGCUGUCCUGCACACUAAUGAAGAAGUUUUGGCUGAAGUGUGCUCCUGGGAUCUCCCUCCUCUCCCUGAGCGUUACAAAAAGGCCUGUCACAGCCUGGCAGUGGAUGAGAGCAAGCGUGUCACCAGGCUGUGUGAGGUGCAAGAUGGGAGCUCGUCUGUGUCGGUGUGUGGCCUCAGUUUGGCCCCCGCUUCCCUCAACCCUCUGCUCCGUGCCUUAAAACUUCAGGCCAGCCUCACUGAGCUGCGUAUUUCCGGCAACCGUCUCCACGACAACCUUCUCCCUGAGCUGGUGGCCACAACCAUCACCAUGCCUCGGCUUCGGCUGCUGGACAUUUCUGCCAAUCACAUUACAGGGGAAGGACUGGAGAAGGCAGCAAAUGCUUUAACGGGACAGAGCCAGCCGUUUCCGUGCCUGGAGGAGCUUGACAUCAGUAUGAACCCCCUGGGUGACGGUGUGUCAGAGUCCCUGUCCUGUCUGCUGUCCUGUUGCCCUCUGUUAGCCAAGCUGUCGCUGCAGGCCUGUGGCCUCACUGCUCGAUUCCUACAGCAGCAUCGACUGCUGCUAGCUAGCGCUCUGACAGGCACUGGCCACCUGAAAUCAGUGUGUCUAUCCCACAAUGCACUGGGCUCCACUGGCUUUGAGCUGGUGUUGAAGACUCUGCCUCUCCACUCCCUCACACACCUGGACCUGUCGGCCGUCCGCAAGGGUCCUGCUGAUUUCCCGGCACUGGAACUCCUCACCAAAGCUGUGUCACAGGAGGACUGUUCUCUGACCCACCUGAGUCUGGCAGCGAACGGGUUGACGGACAGCAGUGUAGCCACCUUGGCCAGGUUCCUGCCUUCAUGUCCAUCUCUGCUGAGUUUAAACUUGUCAGGAAACCCAUCUGUCACCUCAGCAGGACUUCACAGCAUCCUGAACUCUCUUAGAGAGGCCUCUCGACCUUUGACCCUUCUAAACCUUCAAGGUUGUCAGGUGUCGGGCCCCUGGGACAGUGCAGGUCUGGAUGGUCUGACAGAGCUGGUCAAGGAUCUCCGUCUUUGCUCUCAGGGACUCAACAAGCUGGACAGGCAGGUUUUAAAGCAGAGCUGGGACAAUGCUCGGUCACGUGGACACUUCAUUGACCGAAACACCAAGUGCCUGCUCUCCGCUGCAGCCUCCUCAUAAGGAGGUAAAAAUGAAAUGUGCUUUGUGACAGAUCUUUAUCUCAGACACUGAAUUUUUAACCAUGUGAAAUUAGAAGCCAACUUGUAUUAUUAUUGUAUUUCUCUGGUUGUGUUCAGUCAUCAGUGACAGCUUGAGGCUUCCACACUUACACCAACGUUCAAAAGGACUGAACUAAGAAAAUAAGCAGUUACACACCAAUCCAUGGACACUGUGAAUAGCUUCAUGUAUUUCAACAAUUUUAAUUAUUGUAUGAUUUGUUCAAAAAAAGAAAAACAAUUAAAGUGACUCAUGAUG